ACAAACAUUUAUCUUUUAUAAUCACUUUUUUUAUGAUUGAAAUGUAAAUAAUCCUUAGGCGGUCGAAAACACUUUGCUCCGGGAUAGAGAGAACAAGACUGCAAAAUCAUGUUUGCAACGAUUACGAAUUAACUAACACAAUGGAACAAUGUCAGAUGAAAGAAAUUUUCGCAGUUACUACUAUGAAAAGGUUGGGUUUAGAGCUAUUGAAGAAAAGAAGUCCAUUGAAUUGCUGCUUAAGGACAAGCCAAUAGAUGUAGAGAAACUUCGACAGUAUUGCCUUAGAUUUCCUGUAUCAGCCCGCUAUAGACACUAUUUGUGGAAAGUUAUUUUAGGUGUGAUCCCGGCCAGUCAAGACUCUCAAGAGUUUGUGAUGAAAGAUCGCAGGAAGCAAUAUGACUAUUUGAAGCAUGCCUUGGAGAUAAUGAGAAGAGUUGACGAUAAUACUCCUUCUUCCACUCUCUUCUUGAAAAUGUUUCUAAUAGAAGAAGGCCUUCUUUCAUUCCAAGACACAGGUUUGGUUCAGAGACACCAGUCAUAUGUGAGUCUUGCAGAGUCAAUUUCACAGAUGGUGGAAGACCCAUUUGAUGCUUACUGGAUCACAAAAAGGUUCCACAAGAUGUUUAAAAACACCUAUCAAGAUGUUGUGCCAGCACUACCAGAAAAGGUGAAAACGCUGUUGAGGAAAGAAGACGUUGAUGGAAAGCUUGUGUCACACCUAACCACUUGCGAUCUCUGGGACAUUCUGCCCAUAAAACAGUGGUUCUCAUCUUGUUUUGCUUCUGUACUGCCAGAAAUUCCAUUUGAAAGGGUUAUGGACAAGCUGAUAGGAGGUUCUGUGAUGAUCCUGGUGUAUGUGGCUGUAGCUCUUCUACUAACACUGAAGCGGCCCCUACUUACAAUGCACAGUAGGACUGAUGUGCUCAAAUAUCUUACACAAGUUCCUGAAGAUAGUGGAGAUAUUCUAGUAAAUACUGCAAUUGACAUGUGGGAAAAACAUGGUCACCAUCUCAUCAAGUCAGACUCUCCAGGACCAAAUUCCAGACUACCGUCUUGACAGACUGCCCUCUUCACAAACAACUUGUGUCACUUUAAUGAAUUUUACUCCUUAGAACCAUAUACCAGACCACUGUUGUGAUUGUGAGACUAGAAUUUAACAAUCAUGUAUCUAGCUGUGUAUAGCCACUUUUUCAUAAGAUACCUAAUCAGCGAAAUAAAAGAUGGACAGCAUUAUAUUUUAACAAAUUGUGUUUUUAGCAUCCACCACAACAGGUCAAACUUCUUGGAGCAAAACAAAAGGCCACAUAUUUUAUGUAUGUACAUAUUUGCCCCUUGACUGUGUGUAUGGUAAUGGGUUAGAUUUGAUCCUUGACAUGACUGUGUGUAUGGCUUGGUGCAAGAUUUGUUAAUACUUGACAGUACUGUGUGUAUAGUUUAACGGCUAACUAUUUAAAAUAGUUAGCCGUCAAACCAUACAAUAGUAUUAUGUGGAACAGAACAGAACAAGGGUUGUUUGUCUUGAGGGAAGAAUAUCUAUAUAACAGUAGCUUUUGUCCUUGUCACUCAAAUUCAGUUAUUGUUAACUCAAUACAUGUAAAAUUUACUGGAAAAUAAACACGUUUCAUAAAUUACAAUUAUUUUAAGAAUUUUUCUUUAAUUUGUUCCAUUCCCUUCUGCAAAAUGUAGUAACCUGUCUGGAUAAAUGUAUUUUGCAGAUUAGAACAGAACAAAAAAGGUAAUAUUGUUAAAUCCCAAUAAUUAGAUCUCGAAAAAUGUAUAUAUUAGCGAAAAAAAGAAAUUUUGCAUUAUAAUAAAUCUUUAAAAUCAAUCUAUUUUUUUAAAAAAACAAUGGUUUUCUUACUUAACAAUGCGCCAAUUUUCGAAGCAAAUUUCUUUUUGAUAACAACUUUUUUUUGUGAAAUGGAAAAAAAAAAUAGAGAAUUAAAAUGAAUAUGCAAUCAUCUCACACCAAAAAUGCGCGUUUAUAGACUAGUUUUAUCUUAUGUAUUUCGAAGCACAAACAAAAAUUCCUCUCAUCACAGUUAUACACAAAGCAAUUAAAUUGAAUAAUUUAGUGUUUAAAUAAGUGUGUUAAUUGUUUGUUUUUUAUAAAAUGUAAAAGGAUUGAAUCUGAUAUUAUAAAGUCUUUACGCUUAGUUUAGCAUACUCCUUAAUUUGAUUUGAUUUGAUUUUUAAUAUGGCCAGAUUCAUAAAUAAUGCAAUAUAGGUUACAUGGGUUAUUUACAUUCCAAAUAAAAUAGUUGUUUAAGCAUACCAUUUUCGUUAAACAUCUGUUAUAAUUAUAUGUUUAAAACAUUUAAAUGAUACAGAUUAAAAACAUAUUUUAUAUAAAAUUUUAUAUUAAUCAUUACUUUAUUGUCUUUCUAGGCACAAUUUCAUAUAUUCUUCCAAAUCUCGACUAACCCAAAGAACAAAAAUUCUCAAGAAAUGAUCACAUGAUUCAACAUAUGGUCAAGAAUUUGACCUCAGAUUCUCGGUCAAUCAGGGGCUGAUAUGUUGCUGAAAUUGAUUCACGGUAGAAAUAAAAAGUGGUAAUUUCA